GCACACGGGCAGAGCGGCACGUUUCCAUGUGAUGUUUUCCGCUUUCGGCAUUCAGUUUUGUUUGCAUUUUCCGCGAAGCUGGAGUUUUGCUAGCCGCAAAAAUAUAGUAUAUAUAGUAAAGUUUCCGGUAGAAAUGUUCAAUUGUUGAAUAAAUACGUUCUAACGGUUUUCGAGUUAUUUUGAAACAGAUUCAGUUACCCGGAAUGAGUGUCGCACAGCGGAAUCUGGAUCGCAAGAUCGUUGUCAUCGGAGCGGGAGCCUCGGGCGUGGCCUGUGCCACCAAGCUCCUGGAACUGGGCUUCCAGAAUGUGCUCGUCGUGGAGGCGGAGGAUCGUCUAGGAGGUCGCAUACACACCAUUCCCUUUGCCGAUAAUGUGAUCGAUCUUGGAGCGCAGUGGUGUCAUGGGGAGAGGGACAACCUGGUCUAUGAGCUCACCCGAAAGCAGGAUGAGGAGCUGCUGGAGUCCACGGGUCCGGUGUAUGAUAACUACCAGUGCGUGAGAUCCAAUGGGGAUGUGGUGCCCGAACAGGUGGCCAGUCGCCUCAAAGCCAUCGUGGGCGAUUCCCUGGUCACCCGACAGUUGGAACUGCGCCACUGCAGCGGCUCCCUGGGCAGCUACCUGACCAACAAGUUCUACGACACUCUCUGGCGUCCCGAGAACUCCGAUAUAGACGCCGAGGUGGCGAGGGAGUUCUUUGACAACUACCAGAAGUUCGAGAACUCCGUAGAGGCCUCGGAUACGCUGGAACAGGUCUCGGGUAGGGGCUAUCUCGACUACUGGGAGUGCGAGGGUGACAUCCUGCUCAACUGGAAGGACAAGGGCUUUGUCGAGCUCCUCAAACUCCUCAUGCGUUCUCGGGAACUAAAAGUGGAGCAUGGGGUUCUGGAGCAGCGACUUCUACUGUCCACUCGCGUGCUCAAGAUCAACUGGAACCGGAACGAUGGACGAGUGGAGUUGCAGCUGAGCAAUGGAGACAACUGCAUUGCCGACCAUGUGGUGGUCACCGUUUCACUGGGAGUUCUCAAGGAUCAGCACUUCCGACUAUUCGAACCCCAGCUUCCGGUGGAGAAACAACGCGCCAUUGAUGGCUUAGCUUUCGGGACGGUCAACAAGAUCUUUGUGGAGUUUCCCGAGGCCUUUUGGCCCGAGGAUUGGACGGGCUUCACCCUGCUUUGGCGGGAAGAGGAUCUGGACGAUAUUCGCGGCACCUCAAGAGCUUGGUUGGAGGACGUCUUCGGCUUCUACAGGGUGAGCUACCAGCCGAGGAUACUGGCUGGUUGGAUCACCAAUAAAAGUGGCAGGCACAUGGAAACCCUUCCCGUGGAUGAGGUCCAAGCUGGAGUAAUGUACCUCUUCCGACGGUUCCUCAAGUGGAAAAUCCCCGAGCCUUCCAAUUUCCGUACUUCCACUUGGUACACGAAUGACAAUUUCCGUGGAUCCUAUUCCUAUCGAUCCAUGGACACGGAGCAACUGGGCACCGGUGCCCGGGAGUUGGCCUAUCCCCUGACCGUGGUGGCCACCACGCCCGAGAGAGAGAAGGAUGCGGAGGACGAGGCGUGGCAGCAGAGUCGCUGCGAUAGGCCCAUUGUCCAGUUUGCGGGGGAGGCCUCCAGCGAGCACUACUACUCCACGGUCCAUGGAGCAGUCGAGGCGGGAUGGCGGGAGGCCAGGCGAUUGGCCCAAUUCUACGGCUUGAGCAUCUCCCGAUCUGGUACCAAAUCGCAACUCUAGCUGAUAGUGGGGGUGGGGGGAUAUUGUACCUGAACCACUAUAAUGGGUAGAUGUGAAAUUAGUAUCUGUCUUCGCACUAAAGCCUAGUACUCGAGCCUGAAUUAAGAAUUCUAUGAAAUGGAAAUUUCGGUCAAUAAAUUUUAAAACGAAAUAUGUAGAAAACAAAUUUAAUGACCAAAAUAUUCUAGUAUUCCCAGACUUUAAUUUCAUAUCUUAAUUUAAGUGAGUGCUAGGCAUAUAAAAACAAUCAAGGAAACUGAACAAUACAUCCUGGAUAGACUUCAUAUGCCUAAGCUAAAUUUACAUAUUUGCCAUAGGUUAACAUAAGUGACAGAUUAUAUAUAAAUAUAUGUAUUUACUUGAGCAUGUCAAUAUGUCAACAAGUGUGCUGCCCAAAAAAAGCUGUGUUUAAGUCUUCUCUAUCCCAAAUAAAUGUAAUAUACCUUAUCAAAA